CCACGACAUCCCACCAAGCGAAAAAGCGGCAAACUUAAAGCAGCAGAAAUCGUUCAACGACAAUCCCGCAAAACGCAAAAACCACCACGGCUGCGAAUACUUCCCCAAUACCAACCGGUCAUUCGCCGGUGAUUCACGCCGUGCGAGCGAACCUGCCACAAAUCUACCACUACCACCACUACCACUGCUCGUCAUGACCCACGUCUCGCUUCACCGCUGCCGCUUCGUCGACUACCCGCCGAGUAGCAUCACCUCAAUCGCCUUCUCGCACCCAUCAGUCGCGCACAGCGCUCUUCCUCCGCCCAAAACCCUGCGUGUAGCAAUCGGCCGCAACAACGGUUCCAUCGAGAUCUGGAAUCCUCUCUCUGGAAAAUGGCAUCACGAAACCACACUGCAGGGCGGAAAAGACCGCUCGAUCGAGGGUCUCGUCUGGAUUCAGGACUACGACGCUACCGGGAAUGGCCAGCUGCGGCUACUCAGCAUCGGAUACUCAUCUGUUGUCACUGAGUGGGACCUGUCGACUGGACGGCCAGCGAAACAUCUGGACUGCAAUGGCGGCGCGAUCUGGUCUAUUGCUGCGCAGCCCCGGAGAAACGCUGCGGAUGUGCCCCAGGACGAGCGGGACAACGAUGAGGCGCUUGCGCAGAAUAUUGUGGUGGGUACUGAUGACGGGACGCUGAAGCUGUUGAGUACGGCGGGCGGUAAGGGCCAGUUGGCGUUCGUCAAGAAUUUGACGAGAGCUGGUACAUCGAAGUCACGAGUAUUGAGUCUGGUCUGGAAGGACAGAUACACGGUUGCUGCUGGUAUGGCGGACUCGCAGAUCCGUGUGUGGGAUAUCAGGUCUGGACGUAGCACCGGGAGGAUGUCGCUGAACCGAGAGAGGGGGAAGGAGGUGUUGGUAUGGGCAGUGAAGGUGACGGCAAAUGGUGAUAUUGUGUCGGGUGAUUCGAGGGGUGAGGUACGCUUCUGGGACGGCACAAAUUACACACUGAAGCAGAGGAUGAAGGCACAUGACGCGGAUUGUUUAACUCUUGAAGUCGGAGGUCAAAAUGGCGACAGUGUGAUCAGUGGAGGCGCCGAUAUGAAGACUGUACUCUUUAGAGUCGUUGGAAAAGGCCGUGGUUGGGCUGAGGUUGCUCGAAGACGUUUCCAUAAGCACGACGUGCGCGCUAUGGCUGCGUAUGAAUCUGGUGCAUUUAGCGUGGUGGUAUCUGGAGGUGUCGAUAUGACCCCGAUCAUCAUACCCUUCCGUGGCUUCACCACCGAGAACCAUCGCACCCUUCCUUUGGUCCCGCAGAACCCGAUCGUCACAACUCUUCCCGACCAUCGGAUACUGAUGAGUUUCUGGGAACGCGAAGUUAAGAUUUGGAAGGUCGAAGAACUGUCGGAAGUAAUGCCUACGGACUUGAACUUGGGCGACGAAGAUCAAGGUCGCAAGCUUCUCAGCCGGAUCAUUCUCGGUAACGAAGAGUACAUCACCUCUGCAGACCUCGUUCCAUUGCCCGGUAAUGCUGGGUAUCUUCUGGCCGUUUCGACCAUCGGUGAGGUCAAGCUGUUCUGUCUGCGCAACCCAAAGCAACCUGGCGCAGAAGUUCUCCGCGUUCAGAGGAUCGCCCUUCCAGCUACAAUUCCCCUCAAGAACGUCGAGUCGGAGGAUGAUAGUGAAGACUCUGACGAUGAAGAGGAGGUCGAGUUGCCGGAAGAGGGCGCACGGUAUUUGCAGUUCACUCCUGACGGAAAGCGGCUCUUGAUCAUCACCCCCAAUUCCCGGAUACUCAUGGCCAAUCUCGAGGUCUCUAUCCCGUCUGACCGAAGAGAAAAGCCAGUCAUUAGCAUAUCUUCCCCGGUCUACGAGCUUGACCGUAAACUCCCUCCUACGAAACUGCAGCCCGCCCGCGGAACCCAAACCCCUAACAAAAAGCGGUCCCGGCAGCGACAGGACGAAGGCACCCACUCUACGUACAUGCACACUAUUGUCAAGUCCGCCUUCUCCAGCACAUCCCGUCUCCUCGCUGUCGGUGACCUCGCAGGAAACAUUACAACCUUCUCCCUCUCAGAUGGAACUUGGUCACGUAUCGCCACCUCCAUCCCCCGUCUCCCGGCCGCUCCGGUAGUCCUCUCCUUCCGCCCCGCCCCGACCACCCUCCAAAUCACCUCUUCCCCCACCAAGGAUGCCGAAGACGAAGACUCCGCGCCUGACUCCGAGCUCCUUGUCCUCCCCGCGGACACACACAUAAUCCACCUCUUCUCCGCGACCUCGGGGCGUCUGACUCAGUGGUCACAACAAAACCCGAUGCCGGACUGUCUCCCGGUCGAAUUCGCUGCCGUUGGCGACCGCGCGGUAGGCGCGUUCUGGGAGGGUACCGAGCGCGCCUGGUGUUUCGGCGCGUCGUGGGUGUGGAUGUUCGACUUCUCGCGCCAGUGGCCCGACCACAAGCUCUCGUUCGACACUAUGCAGAUCCCGGCCGACGGGAACGGAAAGCGGAAGCGCGGCGGCGGCGGCGCGGUGGCUCCUGUCGCUGUUGGUAGUCUCAGUGGUGCCGGAUCCCGCAUGUCGCAGCCGAUGGGGCUCGUUGGUGUGUUCAAGACGGCGGAGGAUAGUGAGGACGAGGAGGAUGAGUUUGCGGCGCUGAUGGAAAGCGACGACGACGAGGAUGAGGGUGAUGCCGCGGAACCCAUCAGGAAGCAGAAGGGCCAGAAACCGUAUUGGGGCUCGUAUAGAUACCGCAGUUUAUUGGGGUUCUUGCCUGUGGGUAGGCGCGAGGUGGUGGAAAUGGCGGGUGAGGGCUGGGGCGAGCAGGGCCUGCAGGCGGUGGAGAUGGUCAUUGUGGAGCGCCCGGCGUGGGAUGUCGGCUUGCCGCCGAGGUUCUUUGAUGGCAAGAGUUAGACAUGCUAUAUUCUAUAGCGUGGACAAAAGUUUGGCCAAGGGUGUAUCUACUGGGUGAUAAAUAAUGGCGUUGUGAUCUUCUGUUUGGUUUGCACGGUGGUGG